CGUAUGGGAGCCGGCAUCAUACCACUCACAGAAGAAGUUUGGCCUCCAUGAGACGUGUAGUUUCUACCCUAAUGAACAACCCAAACGAACUCUGGCUGCUCUCAUACCAUCUCGUACUCCAGUCACCGUGAAGUGCGGGUCAGGCCCUCCCUACACUCCGUCAUGGAUUCCUGACUAAUUUUGGGUCUGUGACAGAAGUCGACGAACAUUAAGAGAUAUUCAAGACCAUCAUAGCUACCGUCAAGAUGGGACGCUUCAUUGCCAUUCUGGCCGCCCCGGGCGCCAAGGGCGAUAUUCAAGACGCGGCUCCGACCGAGCCAACGCUUCUGAAGACGGCUAGCACACCUGCACUCGAGACCGUUCCAAGCGAUUCCAAGACUGCUUCAAUGUGGACCCAUGAAUCAGCUGGCGAAGAGAAGGCAUCUCCUGCUACAGGAGAAAGACAGGCCGUGCUCACCACGACUUCCACUGCGCGCCCAAAUCGACUCGACCGUGCUCUCAACGCUCUAGUAGCCGCCUCUGGCUCGCAACCUGUCUUUCUACUAAUUAUUUUUGGCUUGCUGCUUUGGGCUUUCCUCGGAAUUCCCUACGGACAUGAGCAGGAUUGGCAAGUCGGUAUCUCCGACGCUCAAGCAUUGAUCAGCUACUUCUUCGAUUCACUGCUCAUGCGUCAGCUGCUCAACGGUUAUGAUCGACAGAUUCGCGUGACUGCAGCGCUCCGUUCGCGUGGGCUCAGUGUUCGCAGGAUGCUGCGAGACUUGCAAGCAGCAGUGUGGAAGGGCGAUGUGAGGUAUAUCGAAGAAGGAACCGCAGUCGCAGGUCACGAAGUCAGCCACGGAGAAGUAGGGUCAACCAAAGCUGGGUAUGCUACGGAGCUGCCUGCCGAGGGCUGGCUGGGUCGACUCUCCACUGUGAUUUCGAAGAUUCUCGGACACUUGAUCACUGUUUGUGGCUUCUGGGUGUGCAUUUUCAUCUGGCUUGGAUUCGGACCAUACUGUGGCUGGAGCAAUGAGUGGCAGCUUUACAUCAACUCGGCCACGUCGGCGCUUAUGGUACUGAUCUUCGCCUUCCUGGCAAACAUCCGCGAGCGCCACGAUGCACAUACCGCGGGAUGUGUGGAGCAGAUCUUCACCGUCGAUGCCGAAGUUGAGAGACGACUGCGUACCUUGACUAGAGACACCACUCCAAAUCCUACUGUGGUUGUGCCGGCACCGAAGGUGGGCCGAUUGCAAAGGGCCAUCUUCUAUUAUGCUGAUGUCGUUGGUACCCUGGUUGGCAUCGCACUCCUGAUCGUCGUCGUGACCAUUUGGCUCGCGAUCGGCCCAGCGUUGCAGUUCAACUCGAAUUGGUGGCUGAUCAUCGGAACAUAUGCCGGACUAAUCGGCCUCAACGACAGUUUCGUGCUGCGCAACGUUCAAGCCAAGUUUAUCGACUACGAGAAUGAUGCCUUCGAGUCGCUACGAUUGGACGACAUGGAGACUGUGCUUCCAACUUUCGAUGAUCAGACCAAGGAGAUCGGAAGGAUGCUUGAUGCAGAAGUGCUCCCUGACCAAACACCGGCGGCACCACCGGGACAAGACUCUCUCACCAACCGGCUGUCGGCCAAAAUGGGCGUGGUGUGCGCGCACGAGUACACUGUCCUCGUAGGCUUCUUGUCCAUCAUCGGCUUACUGGUUGGUGCGUCUGCAAUGGGAUGGAGCGAAACUGGCCAGCUCCUGUGCAACAUUCCCCCGAGCAUCAUCGAGUCUUUUUUCAUGAUGAUACUCUUGACUGGUCACAACCUGGCGGAUGCGCAGCGUCGCGAUGACUUGCACCAGAUUUACCAGCGUCGCCUACGGUUGUUGGAGGGAGUGAAGCGGAUGGAUCUGCGGUGCUAGCCACCUCACUGCGUAUUAUAAGCUACGAGAAUAAUUUGAUCGAGGACG